AUGCACGCUCCAGCAUUAGAUCACUAUCGCUUUACGCGGGGUACUCCUAAAGAGCAACAAGCAUACGCCGCAGAGCUUAUUCAAGCUUUGAAAGCUCAUAGUUUUGUGAAGAUAGUCAAUCAUGGUCUUGAUGAUCCGACUAUCGAGGCGCUUUUCACACGGAUGCAACAGUUCUUUGCUCUCCCUCGUCACCGUCAGCAAGAAGUAGAGCACUUAGCGUCUGACAAUCCUCAACGAGGAUGGAGUGCAGUUGGAGUCGAACAAACCUCUGGCCUCUACAGUCGAGAAACCGGAAGACCGGUGGAUGAAUUGAAAGAUGCAAAGGAACAUUAUGACAUUGGACCACCUGAUGAUACCCAGUUCCAGAACCAAUGGCUGAACAAUGAUGUUUUACCAGGAUGGCAAUCGUUCAUGGAAGAUUACUGGUACAAGUGUCAAGAUGUGGCAUUAUCUGUCAUCUCUGUCAUUGAGAUGGGUCUCAACGUUCCUCAAGGAACCAUACAGGAUCUCUGCCACCCGGCCGCAAGUGAAGUUCGUCUCAACCACUACCCGGCGAUUCACGCCAGUGAGAUUUCUGAUGGAUCUACUGCCCGCAUCUGGCCUCACACUGACUUCGGCAUCAUCACUUUGCUCUUGACCGACGAUGUUGGAGGGCUCGAAUUUGAGGAAAGUCAUAAAUCUGGAAAGUUCUUACCAAUUCCUCAAGGAGCCAAGAACGAGUUGAUAAUCAACGUUGCUGAUACGUUGGAACGGUGGACAAAUGGAACACUGAAGGCUGGUAUGCAUCGGGUGAUGCAGCCUGUGAGCACACAUUUGGGAGAGAAGACGUUGAUCCAAGAGCGCUGGUCUGUUCCGUACCUGUUUAAAGCAAGACGAGAUGCCCUUGUCGGGGCGUUGCCGGAAUUUGUAACGCCGCAAGUACCUAGUGCUUAUGAUAGCAUUACGGCAUUGGAUUUUCAGUUGAGGAGACAGCAUCAAGUUUAUUCUAAUGCCCAACUAGCAGGGCAAUAA